UGGCUUGACGCAGCUCUCCUAAACUCCAGCACCUGAACGCCGCGCUGCGCGGACCCGGACGCAUGGGGAGGAACACGCUCGCUUCUAACUACACUUUACCUUUUAAUUAAAACUUGUGCUUAUCAUACACCUGCUUCCUUUUUUCGUGUUCUGGUUCAUAUUUGUCAUCCUGCUGACGGACUGAGUUUGGAUACUGGCAGAGGGGCGGGAGGAGGAGGCAGAGGAGCGCUGACGGCUCUCAGAUGGAACACCGGACUCCUGGAUCUCAGGGCGCACGGCAAACCCGGAGUGAGUGAAGCUGGUGUGUGGACGCUGCUCCCGGUUCAUGCUGUUCACGGUGUGGCCAUGACGGGCACCCAGGAGCCAGACCUGCAUGAGCAGCAUGAAGGACCAGUGCAGGAGGCAGAGGAUGAGGAGGAGGAUGGGGAAAAGAUACAGGUGUCAUUGGAGGAAGAAGAGUUGGAGAACAAAGGGGAGGAGAAGGAAAAGGAAGAGCUGCCGUACCCCUCCUUAGCUCCAGUGGUUCUGUUGGCUCUGACCCAAACCAGCCCUCCCCGCUCCUGGUGUCUUCGUGUUGUCUGCCACCCAUGGUUCGAGCGAGUGAGCAUUCUGGCCAUCCUGCUGAACUGUGUCACUCUGGGGAUGUUCCAGCCUUGUGGACACACUCCAUACUUGCUACAGGUUCUAGAUGAUGGGAUCUUUGCAUUCUUUGCUGGGGAAAUGGUGGUGAAAAUGGUCGCUCUCGGGGUCAUAGGUCAGAAAGGUUAUCUAGGCGACACAUGGAACAGAUUGGACUUCUUCAUAGUUAUUGUGGGAAUGCUGGAGUACUCUCUGGAUGGACACAACGUCAGCCUGUCAGCCAUCAGAACUGUUCGAGUUCUCCGCCCACUGCGAGCCAUCAACAGAGUUCCCAGUAUGCGCAUCCUGGUGACCCUCCUCCUGGAUACACUUCCAAUGCUGGGCAAUGUGUUGGCCCUCUGCUUUUUUGUCUUCUUCAUCUUUGGCAUCGUCGGCGUUCAGCUGUGGGCGGGGCUACUGAGGAACCGCUGUUUCAUGGGAGAGGAUGUCAGAAUGUGGGUUUGUAGAAAAGCCAAGCAGAAGUCACAACAAAACGAAUGUCAGCCUCAUUGUCUUGAAUGAGUCGAUACAUUGUGGUAGAAAACUCUUCCAAUAUAUUUCAGUGUUGAUAUUUCAGACAAUCUGAUCCUGUUUUUGCUCUAAUCAAGUCUGUUUGAUAGGCAGUAAAUCUAUAGAUUUCUCUAUUUCUUCGAUGUUAAAAGCACCAGGAAGGGCAACUGAAAGGAUUAAGGAGGCCUGAUACAUGUUUUGUUUCUGUUUAGUAAGA